AUGGAUGUGGAAGAUGUAUCGAAGACUCAUUAUCCUGAAGAUUUUGUCCAAAUGGUAAAACUUUUAGAAUUUUUAUCGGAUCCUAUUAUCUAUCCACCCAAGGGCAAAAUGCAGGAUAAUAUUUCAUUUGAAAUCUUCGUUAAUAUAUGCGACCAUUUACCACCUCAAGACUUACUUAUGUUGUCAUGUGUGUGCAAAAACUUUGCCAACAUGCUUGACGCGGAUAUAUUUGCCAUUUCUUCAGAUAUCUGGAAAUCAUCUCGUGAACAUUUUACGGUGUUCAAGGAUAUGGAUCCGCCUAAAGGAAUGUCACAAAAACGAUUCGCUCAAUUACUUAAUUUUGGCAAAGGUUGUGAGAUCUGUAAAAGUAAAGAGAAAAAUGUUCAGAUAUAUUGGCCUGCAUUUGUGAGCGCACUGCAAUUAGAGUAUGAAUAUCAAAUUGAUAAGAGUACUAUUGAUCACAUUCCACCUCUCGUACCUUGUCCAGAUGAUGGUGGUAAGACGCAAUAUUAUUGGUUGCCUCAUGCAAUUUUUGCGCAAAGGAAGUUACAAACUAAAUCGGAUUCGAGUGAGCCAAAAUUAGAGGUUGAUCGUCUUAACGAAGAGAACAUUGAACGUCAUCUUUUGGUAACGCGAUAUUGGAAUGAGCAAGUUGUGCAUCAGCAGAAUAAAGUUCAAACGAUUGUUAGAGAGUUUUACGAGAAAAAAAUGUUAAACACAUCGGACAUCUUUACGAAUAAUCCAGUGAUUAAAAGUAUUAUGGGCAAAAUUUUGAUCAAUCCAUUUGUUGAACAAGAUUUUAAGUCAUUCAUUGAGGAACUUAAAACUGUUGCGAAAAGAGAUGAUCAUUUGACAAAUCAUGGCGAGUACGGGCAUUCGACUAUGGAUGCUAAACCUAAUAGACCACAAAGGAAAAAUUCGAUGAGGACUUAUCCAGCUGAUUAUGAGCCUCCAAGAAACGAAAAGGAGGAAUCAACGUCUUUCUCAAAUUAUGCAUUCGAUCAUGGAACACCAAUAAGACUGAUGCCACCGAUAAUUCCAAAUGGACAAUUUAUAGACACAUCAGGUUCCCAAAUGAAGCCCAUUAAUCCAACACCAGGUCCACAAAUGAAUUCAAUUAGGAAACCAAUGCAAACUUCUCAAAUUAGCUCUGCCAAUGCACCACCGAUGGCAAACUUUCAAAUGAACCCAAUCAAUACACCAAUGGCAAAUCUCCAAAUGAAUCAAAUUAAUUAUCACAUACCACAUAUACCACCGCAAAAUCGCACACAAAGUCAAUUGGUUCAGCGAAGACAAGAUAUCGUAAAACUUCUCAAAAAAGUCGUGUUUACUGGAUCACCAAAAGCCAACGAAAUCAAUGUUCCUUUUACAAUUAACAUCAACGACCCAAUUUUUCGGUUUCUUGAUUGUUGUGAAUCAUUCAAGAAUCCACCACUUUUCCAGCCUACUGACAAUACUAAGUAUGACAUUAUCCUGAAACUCAAGCAGGAGGCUAGCAUACUGAAUGAAGUACACCGAGGUAUAGUAGAACCUCGACAUAUUCUUGACGUUCGAGGUGCUGAAGAACGAAAACUCGGUAAUUACCCAUUGUUCAAGUGUAGUAUGUGCCCAUCUAAUGAUGAAGGUGGUGUAGUAAAGGUUUACAGAAAAAUUGUAAGCCAUAUUAUGACAGCACAUGGUUUGGACAACCAGAGACUAUCGAGUUAUAUAGAAGUAGAUCCUAAAUCGGUAGUCAACUACAUUCAUUUCGCUUUUAUACCUGAGAUCCGUCCGCUUGAAAUCCGUCCGAAGAUAAUCAAUAAAUAG